AAAAUAACCCCUAAGUCCUCUCAGCAACAUGUUUACAGGUCAGGUUAACAGACGCGCACACACGUAUCUACAAAAAACGGAGGCAUCACUGCAGCUCUCAGGAGUGUGUGUACCAACUCUGGAGCGGGUCGUAUUCUUUGUUUCCAUGCCGACCCUCAGGAUGGCGUGAGUCCGUUGUCUUUGGUGGGCUGAAGGCAGCGAGGUAUCCCGCAGUCCUGAACACUGCUAGCAUGCCUGUGCAUCAGAUAUCGGUUGUGCCCAUCACCAAAGAGACCGCCAACAGCUCCAGCCGGAAUAGAGACAAGAGUAAAGAGAAUGAGGGUGAGAAAGCACCUGGGCGAUCAGGAAGUCGAUCCAGCAAUAUAUCUAAGGUGAGCACUUCCACCCCGGGAGCUGUGCUGAACAGCAUCUCUCAAACGUCGGUUACACCCUCCUCCCAGGACAUAUGCAGCUCUAGUGGUCACGCUAAACUUGAAGUAGAUGGCUCAGAUCAGACUACACCCGUCAUGCCCAUAAACCCCGCCUCCGACCCCGUCCCCACCGCAAAGCGGCAAGUCAAACGGCGUAUCCGGCGGCGACGGGAGAGCACCGGGACUGUUGGGUGUGCCACAGAGUGCGUGGACCAACCGAGACAUUCACGGUUGCAUAGGCAGACGCACACACACUCUGACUCAUCCUCAGAGGACGAGCAGCGCUGGAGAGAAGCUCGCUCCUGGAGUCGCCAGAAAGCAAGACGGAGACGCAGCAGCAGCCAACACACGCAAGCGCAUCCCCGUGAGGAACGGGACGCCACUAAGCUCAUGUCUGUCAACUCAGACGAGGGACAGAAGGAGAACCAGCCGCCGUUGUGCAAGGGUCCCAACACCAGGGCCCACAAAAAGUUAUCAAAAAGGGAGGAGCGUGGGGGCCAAAGCCAGGCAGCCAAUCACACAAAAGGCAAUGAGCGUAGUAGUAGGAGUGGAAGUGAGGAGGAAGAGCCUAUUACAAAAACGUAUGAGGAAAGAGGUUCAGGAGACCCAGACAUGUCUGUCCCAUCCCCUUUUAAAUGCACUGUUCCUACCGAUCAUAAUGGUGCCACGCAACAAGCAUGCACUGAUGAUGAACUAGAGGUGUGCAGGAUCUGUCACUGUGAAGGAGACGAGGAGUGUGCGCUCAUCACCCCUUGCCGCUGUACGGGAAGUUUGCGUUUUGUGCACCAGGGCUGCCUGCACCAGUGGAUCAAGAGCUCCGAUACACGCUGCUGUGAGCUGUGCAAAUAUGCCUUCAUCAUGGAGACACACCUCAAACCUUUGCGCAAGUGGGAAAAGCUACAGAUGUCUACAAGUGAGCGACGGAAGAUCUUCUGCUCCGUGACGUUUCACCUGGCUGCUGUGGUGUGUGUCAUCUGGUCACUCUAUGUUCUGAUUGACCGCACGACUGAAGAGAUUCGCCAAGGCAAGAACAAUGGUAAACACACUGACAAGCAUAGGUUUAGUGUUUGCAAGAGGGCAUGAGAUGCAAUGUAGUGUUAUUCAGUAUUGCUGUGUGAUCCACUUAUUAUAUCAUUUAGUGUAGUACAGCUGGAAUGUUGUAUUGAACAAUCAGAAUCUAGUUUUGUAAGAGGAUUAUA